UAUUUUAAUUUUUAAUAGAAAGUAAUUUAGCAAUUUAAUUCUCCCCUUUGUGGGAGUUCUUUAAAAAAAAAAAAAAAAACCCGAAAGGUGUCCCAUUCCUAUAGCAUCAGUUGUACUUUGCAAGUCUCACCUACUUAUCAACCCACCUAGCUAUUUAACGGAUCACUUCACUAACCCCCUUCAAUCUCCUCUCACCAUUGUUGACCUUUUCUCAUUACAUCUCCAUUAAAACAACUCAAACCUCUAAAACCCCAUCAAACAUCUUAUUCAGUUAACCCUUCUCUCUUCCUCUUUCUCUCUCCUCCAAAAACAGAGGAGAAGAAUUAGAGGCGGAGAAAACAAUGUUGGGUAUAAUAUCCAUACGCCACACUCUAAAACCCCAGAUUCUUGGGUUUCAUUGUUGUUGGUAUUCUUCUUCUGCUGCUGCAAUCGAAGCUUCCAGAAGUAUUAAAGAUGGGCCUCGCAAUGAUUGGACUCGUCCUGAGAUUAAAUCUAUCUAUGAUUCACCUGUUUUAGACCUUCUGUUUCAUGGGGCCCAAGUUCAUAGACAUGCUCACAAUUUUAGAGAAGUUCAACAAUGCACUCUUCUCUCCAUUAAGACUGGAGGUUGCAGUGAGGAUUGCUCAUAUUGCCCACAGUCCUCUCGAUAUGGCACUGGAGUGAAGGCUCAAAGAAUGAUGAAUAAGGACACAGUCAUUGAGGCAGCAAAGAAGGCAAAAGAGGCUGGAAGUACGCGAUUUUGCAUGGGAGCUGCUUGGAGGGACACUGUAGGGCGGAAGACCAAUUUCAACCAAAUUCUUGAUUAUGUUAAAGAAAUAAGGGAUAUGGGCAUGGAGGUCUGUUGCACCUUGGGCAUGCUGGAGAAGCAGCAAGCAGAGGACUUGAAGAAGGCAGGUCUUACAGCAUACAACCAUAAUCUUGAUACCUCAAGAGAGUUUUAUCCAAAUAUCAUUACAACUCGAUCUUAUGAUGAGCGACUGCAAACCCUUGAGUUUGUCCGUGAUGCAGGGAUCAAUGUCUGCUGUGGAGGAAUAAUCGGACUCGGAGAAACAGCCGAGGAUCGAGUAGGCCUGUUACAUACACUGGCUACUUUGCCUUCACACCCAGAGAGUGUUCCAAUUAAUGCACUUAUAGCUGUAAAAGGCACUCCUCUUGAAGAUCAGAAGCCAAUUGAAAUAUGGGAAAUGAUUCGGAUGAUAGCAACAGCUCGCAUAGUGAUGCCAAGUGCAAUGGUCAGAUUAUCAGCUGGGAGGAUCCGAUUCUCAAUGCCCGAGCAAGCCUUGUGUUUUCUUGCUGGUGCAAAUUCCAUCUUUACCGGUGAGAAGCUGUUGACGACUGCUAAUAAUGACUUUGAUGCAGAUCAAAAGAUGUUCGAGGUUCUUGGAUUAAUUCCUAAACCUCCAAGUCUAGAUGAUGCAGAAACAGAGGCAGUUGCAUCCAGUUCAGGUUAAGACUCCAAUUAAUGUCUUUAGUUUGUAGGAUACUGCUUGGCUACGAUCAAGUUAAAUGUAUGUUAACAUCAUUAUUAUUUGUUAUGCCCCCUUCCCACCUUUUAUCCCAAAGUUGUGUUUGGAUGCAUGGAAUUGUUUUUUAAUGUAUUAAUUUUAAUCCAAUUUAUCCAACAAUUUCUGAGAA